AUGGCUACCCAGAAUAAUAUCGUCAUCCUGGGCGCCGGAGUCUCCGGACUCACCACCGCAUAUCUCUUAUCCAAGGAUGCAUCCAAUUCCAUCACCGUGGUCGCCAAGCACAUGCCCGGCGACUACGAUAUCGAAUACUGCUCUCCCUGGGCGGGCGCCAAUUACCUUCCAGUUGGAGUCCCUGGAAGCGCCCACGCCCGUUGGGAGCGAGAGACCUGGCCGGCCCUGAAAGAUCUGGCGGAGAACCACUUGGAUGCUGGAGUCCAUUUCCAAGACACAAUCGUGAACAAUCGUCAAAAAGAUCGUCAGACACCUACGGGAACGUGGUUUGCCGAACUGACGGAGAAAGAACCCUGGUAUAAAGAUGUCGUGCCCAAUUUCCGAAGCAUUCCCUCCGACCAACUCGCCCCCGGAGUGGACAAUGCAUCCACCUUCACCUCCGUCUGCAUCAACACAGCAGUCUACCUCCCAUGGCUAGUUGGCCAAUGCCGCAAAAACGGCACGGUCUUCAAACGUGGCGUGCUUAAACACAUCACCGAGGCCGCAGACGCCCACCACAGCGGCCAAAAGGCCGACCUAGUAAUCAACUGCACGGGGCUGUCGUCCAAAAAGCUCGGCGGCGUUAACGACGACACGCUGCACCCGGGCCGCGGACAGAUCGUCGUCGUGCGGAACGACCCCGGCGCGAUGGUCUCGAUCUCCGGGUGUGACGACGCGCACGACGAGCUCGUCUACAUGAUGACAAGGGCGGCGGGCGGCGGGACCGUCAUCGGCGGAUCGUAUCAGAAAGAUCAGUGGGAUCCGCUACCGGAUCCGAACCUGGCGGUGCGGAUCAUGAAGCGGGCCAUUGCGCUGCGGCCGGAGCUUGUGCGCGAGGGACAGGGCAUCGAGGGGUUGGAUAUCAUUCGGCAUGGGGUCGGUCUGCGGCCCCUUCGGGACGGCGGCCCGCGCAUAGAAGCCGAUAAGAUCGACGGGGUUGCUGUCGUGCAUAACUACGGCCAUGGAGGAUUCGGAUACCAGGCUUCGUACGGGUGCGCGGCCGAGGCAGUUAAAUUGGCCGGCGAGGUGCUGAGGCAGCGGAGAGGACGCGCUAAGCUGUAG